CUGAAUGAUUCGUUAUAAAAUUAGAAAAAAAUUAGUCUAUGUUGCUUCAUUUUUCUGUUGAAUUCAAUUCAACAGAUAUAGAGGCACCGACAUGUUUUUCAAAUGUAUCUACUUGACAAAUUCUUUUAAAAAUACUAGAUCUUCUAAAUUUCUUCGUUACAGUAACGAAUGAUUAUAGUAAUAAAAUAAAAUGUCAAGUUCUUCUUGGAAUCAAUCAAUGUGUAGUUAGGGAUUGUAACAAUUCAAAUGAAUCGUGAAAAAACUACGAUAACAUUCAUUAACUCCAAACAUAUUCUAUACGUAUUUAUUUAUUAUACCCCUUUACAAUUAAAAAUACUCGAAGAAAAAUGCUUGUACGAUUUUCCAUUAGAUCAUAGCGAUAAAACAGAAAUAGAGUAAGAGUUAUAAAAUAGCACCCAUUACACAAUUUUAAAUUCUUCUACACUUGCUUUGUUGUUGUUUGGCAAACCCCACAUUUUAUAGCGACAAUUUUUCACCAGCGAAAGAAUAUCAUCCUGAAAAAAAAAAAAAGAACCAAAAGAGGGAAGUGAACGAUUCAAGUGAAUCGCGAAAAAUUUUAACAAUAUACAGAAUGUGUAUAUCUAUCUUAUAAUUAGUUAAAACUAAAAUUUUCCUUAACAUAUGCUUCACUCUUCAAAACGUAGUUUCCUAUCUUAAAAAUAAAAAAAAAACAGAUAUUUACGUCCGAUAUAACGUUUUUGGCAACUGUUUCAACAGUUGAUUAACGAACACGAGAUUAAGAAUAUUUACAUUACGUAUUUGCGCGUAUAUGUACAUUCAGCUGAAAAGUUGUGAGAAAUGCUAUAAAAGACGAAUAUUCGAAUUACGACGAAUUACUUGUGUAUAACAUCAAAAUGAGCACAAUAAAAUUAUCAGUGAUAUUUUUCCUCCUCGAAUUUACGAAUCUCUCGUUACAACAUGAACAAAUUCCAAAAGCCAAAACAGUUUUAGGAAGCGUCAGUGGUUAUUAUAAAGAGUCUCGAUCUGGGAAAACAUACGAGGCUUACGAAGGUAUACCCUAUGCAGAAAUUCCUGUUGGAGAACUUCGGUUCGAACCACCCAAACCAGUGCAGAAAUGGGAAUACGAAUUACCUGCAAAGAAAAAGGGUUCCAUUUGUAUACAGUAUCGUACUAAGCCCGGUGCAGACGGAGAUACAGUCUCAGGCUGUGAAGAUUGCUUGUACAUGAACAUUUAUGUAUCACUUAGAAACAAUACUAAGACUUUAUUACCAGUAAUGUUUUGGAUUCAUGGAGGAGCCUACCAAUUUGGUACUGGAAAUGAUCUAGACGAGAGUCAUUUAAUGGAUAAGAGUGUUGUAUUGGUUACGUUUAAUUAUCGUGUAGGACCUUUCGGUUUUCUUAGUACGGGAGACAAUGUAGUAUCUGGAAAUAUGGGAUUAAAGGAUCAAAGCAUGGCACUGCGCUGGGUAUCCGACAAUAUUGAGAAUUUUGGAGGUAAUCCGAAAGAUGUAACUUUAAUCGGUUUCAGUUCGGGAGGCAUGAGCGUUCAUUAUCACUAUCUGUCACCUUUGAGUGCUGGUCUAUUCCAAAGAGGUAUAUCUAUAAGUGGUACAGCACUUAAUCCUAGGGCACAAACAAAACGAGCUUCAGAGAAAGCUAAAAAAUUGGCAGCGGCAGUGGGGUGCCCAACUGAUAGUAGCAGUAAAAUGAUUGCUUGUUUAAAAAAGCGUCCACCACGACUCAUAUCACAAAACGUCGACAAGCUUUUGGUUUGGUUGAACAAUCCUGCUAGUCCUUUUGGACCAGUUGUGGAGAAGCAAGGAUCGAGUCCUUUCAUUAAUCGCUCUCCAAUUGAAAUUAUCACUUCAGGUGAGGUUCAAGAUGUUCCCUGGAUUACUGGAGUCGUUGGCGAAGAUGGAAUAUUUCAAGCUGCAGAUUUUGUUGAAGACGAUGAUUUAUUGAAAUAUCUAAAUGAUAAUUGGGACGAUAUCGCGCCAUACCUGAUUAAUUAUAACGAUACUAUUUCGCUUUGCGAGCAUAAACAAGUGGCGGAAGAAAUCAGAAAGUAUUAUUUGGGAUCAAAAAAAAUUGACCGUAAUACAGUGGCACCACUGAUACAAAUGCUCAGCGAUCGAUCAUAUGGUGUUGGCAUGGCGACAGCUGCUAAAUUACAUGCGGAAGUUAACAAAAAUCCAGUGUGGAGUUAUUACUAUACAUACAAAAUUAAAGAAGACCUUAGCUUUACAACUAAACUCGGGGUAGCCCAUGGAGACGAUAUUUAUCUUGUGAUUAAUAAAGACGCUUCGAAUAUGACAAAUUCAGAGGACCUAGCAAUGCAGCAACUUUUAAUUGAUUUUUACACUUCUUUUGCUAUUGAAGGAAAACCACGUGUCGGUGAUGCUGAAUGGCAGUCAUUAAAAUCUGGCGAGGAUAAUCUUCAUUAUUUACACAUAGCUGAUGCAAAAAAUGUGAAAAUGGAAUCUGAUGGAAAUUUUGCGCAAAAGAAAUUUUGGGAUACAAUAAAAUCUCACGAAAAUUAAUGGUUGCCUCAAUAAUUUUAGUGAAAGAAGAAGUAAAGUAAAUAUACGUAUGUAUAAUGUCUUAUCUUUUAGUCAUAAAGAACAUAUUUUAUAUUAAUACAUUAUUAAUAAAUUUGAUUUUAUAAACAAACACGGUGGUGCAAAUAUAU